CUGCUCUCCGCCCUCGACUUCCUCCACUCCCGCGGCGCCGCGCUCGGCGGCUUCUCGUCGGAUCAGAUCUUCCUCGCGGCCCCCGGCCUGCCGCGGCUCGCGCCCCUCCGGCUUCUGCCCGCCUCCGGCCCCGCCCCAAGCUCCGCCCCAAGCCCCGUCCCUGGGCACGACGCAUCCGCGGUGCCGGCGGCGGCCGCGGCAGCGUCCCGGCUGGAAAGCCCACUGCUGCUGCAGCCGCGCUGGGAUCUUCCGACGCUCAUGUCCCUCUGGCGGCGGCGCCGGAUCUCGAAUCUCGA